AUGGCACGUACUGGAAAAUCCCUGCACGCGGAUAUCGCAAAACCCUCGAAGAGUCCUUCAAGGCAACCUAUUAAUACGAAGAAGCCAACGGAUUAUACUUCUGAAGGCGUGGAAGAUCAAGAUGUCUUUCUCCUCCCUGGCUCCGACUAUCAGGUCAUGAUCGGCCUGACACUCUUGGGUGCUGUCAUCAGGCUCUUUAGGAUUUAUCAACCCAGCAGUGUAGUAUUCGAUGAAGUUCACUUCGGUGGUUUUGCCUCGAAAUACAUAAAGGGCAAAUUCUUCAUGGACGUACAUCCUCCUUUGGCGAAACUUUUAAUUACCCUUGCGGGAUUCUUGGCUGGGUUCGAUGGAGAGUUCGAUUUUAAAGAUAUUGGAAAGGAUUAUGUCGAGCCUGGUGUGCCAUAUGUUGCUAUGAGGCUACUGCCAGCUAUUUGCGGAAUACUUUUGGUUCCUACUAUGUUUUUAACUCUCAAGGCCGCAGGUUGCAGAACCAUGACGUCUGCCCUGGGGGCUGGAUUGAUUGUAUUUGAAAACGGUUUACUUACUCAGGCACGCCUCAUUCUUCUGGACUCUCCGCUUAUGAUCAUGACGGCUUUCACUACGCUUGCAUUCACCUCUUUUACGAAUCAACAUGAACAAGGACCUACGAAAGCAUUUCAACUGAGCUGGUGGUUCUGGUUGAUUAUGACAGGUUUUGGUUUGGGAGCAACUGCUAGUGUGAAAUGGGUCGGGCUUUUCACAAUUGCGUGGGUAGGCAGUCUUACAGUAUUGCAAUUGUGGGUUUUGCUUGGGGAUGCGAAAACUGUCACACCGCGAAUUUUCGCCAAGCAUCUUGUAGCACGGAUCUUUUGCCUUAUUAUAAUCCCCCUUACAUUCUAUAUGGCUAUGUUUGGUAUUCAUUUCCUGUGUCUCGUUAACCCCGGUGACGGUGAUGGAUUCAUGAGUUCCGAAUUUCAAGCAACUCUCAACUCAAAAUCCAUGCAAGAUGUUCCCGUAGAUGUCGCGUUCGGAAGCCGAGUUAGCAUUAGACAUUACAACACUCAGGGAGGAUAUCUACAUUCUCACAAUCUUAUGUAUCCCACCGGUAGCAAGCAACAACAAAUCACCUUGUAUCCUCACAAGGAUGAGAAUAACGUCUGGCUCUUGGAGAACCAGACUCAACCACUUGAUAUCAACGGAGAGCCAAUCAACGGGUCAUUAGCUUGGGACGCCUUAUCACCGCCAAGAUACAUUCAAGACGGAGAUGUCCUCAAGUUGUACCAUCAACCCACACACCGCCGCCUUCAUUCUCAUGAUGUUCGACCACCAGUCACUGAGGCAGAGUGGCAAAAUGAGGUUUCCGCAUAUGGUUACGAGGGAUUCGAAGGCGAUGCUAACGAUUUCUUCCGUGUUGAGAUCAUCAAGAAGAUGUCUGACGGAGAGGCAGCCAAGACUCGCUUAAGAACAAUUCAAACCAAGUUCAAACUUGUUCACAUCAUGACUGGAUGUGUUUUGUUCUCUCACAAAGUCAAACUUCCUGAGUGGGCUUCUGAGCAGCAAGAAGUUACAUGUGCUAAAGGAGGAACUCUACCUAACAGUGUUUGGUAUGUUGAGCAAAAUGAACAGCCACAACUCGGUGCCGAGGCAGAGAAAGUCAACUACAGAAACCCAGGAUUCUUUGGAAAAUUCUGGGAGCUCAACAAGGUCAUGUGGCAUACAAAUGCCGGUCUAGUUGAAUCCCACGCUUGGGACUCGCGUCCUGAUUCUUGGCCGAUUCUCAGACGUGGUAUCAAUUUCUGGGGCAAGGACAAUCGCCAAAUUUAUCUUAUCGGGAACCCUGUAAUUUGGUGGAGCUCGACACUGGCCGUUGUUAUCUUCGUGGCCUUCAAAGGCCUUGCCGUUCUUCGUUGGCAGAGAGGCUUCAGAGACUACGACAAUCCAGUCUUCAAGCGAUUCGACUAUGAAAUUGGAACCUCUGUUCUUGGGUGGGCCUUCCAUUAUUUCCCAUUUUAUCUGAUGCAACGGCAGCUUUUUCUUCAUCACUACUUUCCCGCACUUUACUUCGCCAUUAUUGCGUUGUGCCAGACUUUCGACUUUGUCACUGCCCGCAUUCCUGGUAUUGGUUUGCGCGAACGCCCCUUCAUCGGAAGACUUGGCGCCAUCAUCUUUUUAACACUCAGCAUUGUUGUUUUUACUCUCUACUCCCCACUGGCAUAUGGAAACCCAUGGACACAAUCAGCCUGCAAACAAGUCAAGAUCUUCGAUAAAUGGGACUGGGACUGCAAUACUUUCUUGAACGACUACUCUGAAUAUGCGACUCAAUCUAUUAAUGUCAAUGCGGAUAUCCACAAAACAGAUUCGCCAUUGAUCCCAACUAAUGCAGCACAGGCUCCAGCACAGGCUGGGGUUGGUGAGCAGAAACCUCUCGUAGACCAAGAGAACAUCUCAGGGGCACCAGAAGGGUUGGUAUCUCCACCGCCGGCCGCUCCUAUCGUCAGCCAUAGCGUUGUGUCUCGAGAAGAGAAGGUUGAGUACAGAGAUCAAGACGGCAAUAUCCUUGACCCCGAGGCGGUAAAGUCUCUAGAGGGAAAGGUCAGCUUUAAGACCAGAUAUGAAACCAGAACUCGUAUGGUAGAUGCCCAAGGCAAUGAAAUCAACCAGCCAGAGGAUGACGCAGUUGGAGUUGCGCCACCACAUCCUGAUGUUGAGGGCUCUGAUCCCCAAACAGAGCCAGCUGUUCAUGACAAACCAGUAGUGCAAGCUGAAGUGCAAGCUGACGAAAGCAAGGAGCAAAACAUCGAAAAGUCUGAUGGCGGUGCCGCUAAGCCCGCCAGUGAAGGAAACGAGGCGACGUCAAUUUAG